AUGUCUCGCCCUGCACCCAAAAGGCCAGAAUAUCAAAAAAUAAACAAAGACCUUUUUGUACUCACCUAUGGAGCCCUGGUUGCCCAGCUAUGCAAGGAUUAUGAAAAAGAUGAAGAUGUGAACAAAUACUUAGAUAGAAUGGGUUAUGGUAUUGGAACACGGCUGGUGGAAGAUUUUUUGGCCCGAUCCUGUGUGAGAAGAUGCCAUAGUUAUUCGGAAAUCAUAGACAUAAUUGCCCAGGUUGCUUUCAAGAUGUAUUUGGGCAUCACGCCGAGCGUGGCCUGUCACAAUUCAAGCCGAAACGAAUUCUCCCUGAUUCUAGACAAGAAUCCUCUGGCAGAGUUUGUGGAAGAGUUGCCUGCUGGACGAUCUGCGCUGUGCUACUGCAGCCUGCUCUGUGGGGUCAUCCGAGGCGGCCUGGAGAUGGUUCAUUUGGCUGCUGAAGUUACAUUCUUGCAAGACAGACUAAAAGGCGACAGUGUGACAGAAAUUGGAAUAACUUUUCUAAAAAAGCUGGACGAGAAAAAAUAUAGACGGAAAAAAUGA